UUAUGCAUAAAAUCGUAAAUACUAUACCUACUUGCUGAUGACACGAUUCUUUAAAACUAUUCGCAAAUACUCUACUUCAAAGUCUAAGCUUUUAGGAUGAAUUUGGAGCAGAACAAUGAUGUGAGUUUCACUGGCAGCCUAGAAGCGGUGAAGGAUGAACUCAUAUGGAUUAUCAGAUCUCUUAAUCCUGAUAAGAUAAGAUCCGUUCGUGGCAUUGUCUCGCAGACCGUCUUUGUAGGAUGCAAGGGCCUUUCGGGUACGCUUCACCUUCAACCGAACAGCAUUUCGGAGUUUCUCUCUUUGACAGUAUAUCUAAAUCCCACCAACAAAAGCUUACCAUCAAAAUUUUGGGCAUACAUCAAGUGCCAGCUUCUACACGACAAACAGGUGCUGGCCUCGAGUACAGCUGUUGGGACGUUUUCCAGAAAGCAGAAUUAUUACGUAUUCCAGAACUUCGUUCGUCCCUCUGAUCUCGAUAGCCGCGAUCGUGUUGUUGUCUGUUGCUUCAUAAACGUUUUGGAUCGUCGUGUCAAUCAAAUUAAAUCUGAAGUGUCAUCCCCUGGACUUGACAGUAGAGAAAACAAUACCGGGGCUUCUCGAGCAAAAAAUGAAUUCAAAAAGGAGAAAGUGCUCCUGCCCGAGUCGAUAUCAACGUUUUGUACGAGGCCAGUUUGCAGAAAAAACUCCAGCAAGCAUUACAGCUAUUUAGAGAUAUUAGGCGUUGAAUCUAGCGACGUCACGCUAGUCUCGCGCGGUGAAGAGUUUCCUGCACACCGGAACAUCCUGGCCUCGGACAGUGUUGUCUUCUCGGCGAUGUUCAUACGUAGUGCGGAGGAAAACGCGGAAAUAAAUAACAGAAUCAUAAUCAACGACGUCAAUCCUGACGUUUUGCACCAAGUCCUCCGUUUCAUUUAUACGAGAAAAUUGAGCCAAUACGAGCUUGUUCCCGAUGUGCUGAUAGCAGCUGAUAAAUACGAAUUGGGAAAAUUGAAAACGUUAUGCGAACGCAUACUCUUCGACAAAAUGAGUCCGAACAACGUUUGUGGUAUCCUUUUGUUGGCGGAUAGGUACAAUUUCCAAAGCUUAAAGAACUGGGCGCUAUUUUUCAUAUCCGCGUUCGCCGAUCACGUUAUUCGAACGCCAGGAUUUCAAGUGCUAACAAAUUCAAGCAGUACAGAUCUGAUGGCCGAGGUGUAUUGUGAAAUCGAUUCGUUUCUGCAUAAAUGAUAUUUUUGGCUAUCUUCUACAUUUUCAGAUUCGUAUAUAUUUUUCUAUUUUAAAAAGUUGUUGAUGUAUUUUUUACACGGAUGUCAUUUAGUGUGGAUAUUUUUAUUAUUAUUUAUUUUACCUAAUAUAAAUACUGUUACUAUGUCUUGUAAAGUAUGUGUUCAGAAAUUGUGAAAAAAAUAGGUCGCAAUUAAAGUAUUAGAACAAAAAUAAAAACACGUUCAAAGUUAGUGUAGGUACAAAA